AUGAGUUCUGAAGAAAAUAAACCUGUCACUGUUGAGGAUCAUGAUGCUUCAUCUUGCAGAAGAACAGUUUCUCUUCCUGUUACUCACAAGGAUAAUCAUGAUUCGACGGGGAUAACCAAAGAAAUCACGCAUGUUCCUCCCCGGAAGAAACAGAAUCUUCUCUUGGAAAUACCAUCAAGAACACCAGAAGAGUGUUCACAAGAUUAUGUUGCAAUCAAGAUGCCAAUGACACCGAGUCCUACUCCAAUUCCGACUCCCAAGAGAGUGAAUUUUCUGAUGACUUCUCGGUCAGUCGAUGCUCCAACAAAUAAUUCUCCUGGAUCUGCAACAUCAAAAGGCAAAUCAUCCUUAAGAAACAUCCUACCAAAAUUGAGCUUCAGGAAUAGGACACUGGCAGAUACUGAAAAGGUGAACGCAUCAACUCCGGAGGUUUCCUCUUCGGGCCUUCGAGAAAAGCCUUUGAUCUCAAGAUCAUUGUCACUUAGUAAAAUAUUUACUCCUAGGAUGAAAAGAACUUCAUCGUUGCCAUUAGAAGAAAUUGGACAUUCCAAUACAGAUUCCACUCAUGGUGGAAAUGGAAGUGUUGGUGGUCCUCUGAGUAGAAGAGAGACUCGACUUAAGAUAGCACGCUCUCUUUCAAUGCCAGCGAACAACAAGAAGGACAAAAGCCUAAGGAGGAUGGAUUCGUUUUUUCGGGUCGUUUCUUCUACUCCUCGAGUAAAGGAAGGAAAUGAAUUGUUGAGCACGUCUCCGACAAAGGAUAUUGAAAUCGAAGACGCUGAUGAUGGCGAAGAUAUAGCUGAAGAGGAGGCAGUGUGUAGAAUUUGUCUGGUUGAAUUAUGCGAAGGAGGCGAGACAUUCAAGUUGGAAUGUAGCUGCAAAGGUGAACUUGCUUUGGCUCACCAAGAAUGUGCUAUUAAAUGGUUUAGUAUAAAGGGUAAUAGAACUUGUGAUGUCUGCAAAGAGGAUGUUAGAAACCUUCCUGUCACUCUAUUACGGAUUCAAAGCGUUCGAAAUCGAAUUACUGGAGCAAGUAGAUCUCAGCUCGAUGAUGUAAACGGGUACAGGAUUUGGCAGGAAGUUCCUGUGCUCGUCAUUGUUAGCAUGUUGGCAUAUUUUUGUUUUCUUGAGCAACUGUUGGUUACUAAAAUGGGAACCGGUGCAAUUGCCAUAUCUCUUCCAUUUUCCUGUGUACUAGGCCUGCUCUCCUCCAUGACAGCAUCAACCAUGGUGAAAAGCAGGUUCAUAUGGAUUUAUGCAUCUUUCCAGUUUGCUCUGGUGGUUCUCUUCGCGCACAUAUUUUACUCCUUGGUUCAUGUGCAAGCAGUUCUAUCGAUCCUUCUUGCAACAUUUGCUGGUUUCGGUGUGGUAAUGAGUGUAAGCUCUUUCCUUGUUGAGCUUUUUAGAUGGAGAAGGAGACGGCAGGCUUCGUCAGAGCAACAACAUGGCCCUCUGCCGAUGACACAAGCAGGACAACAACCACGAUCAGGUGAAUCCAACCGCAAUCAAUAA